CAUUGGCACGUGUGGAUGUACGGGGCUCGACAGGCGUGUGAACUUAGCAGUUGGCGAACAUCAUUCGUCGAUAAAAACCCCAGCUUCUCCUCCAACUCUCAUCCCAUCUUCUUCUCUGCAAUGUCUGAGAGAAGCUUCUCCCCUUCUUCUUCCGUCUCCGAAGAAGGAGAAGAGAAGCCAGAGAGGUCCCGGAAGCGCCGCCGCGAUCGUGAUUCCGACGAGGAUCUCCGCCGGGACACCUUCGAUCUCCGGCAGUCGCUGCUGUUGAAGCGGAGUGCGAAGCCGCACGACGUCCUGUUCAGGAUCGUCGUGCCGUCACGGCAGAUUGGGAGAGUGAUUGGAAAGGAAGGGAGUCAGAUCCGACGGAUCAGAGAAGAAACGCGGGCCACGAUCAAGAUCGCUGAUGCCGUCUCGCGACAUGAAGAGCGCGUGAUUAUUAUAAGUUCUAGAGAUGAUGAUAGCACAAUUUCUGAUGCGGAGUAUGCAUUGUAUAAUAUUGCAAGAGUUAUUCUCAAGGAGAAUGAUGAUGGUGCUGAGUCAUCAAAGGUCGGUGCUGGACACGUGGCUGCCAACAUGAUCCGGCUUUUAAUUGCAGGGUCCCAAGCAGGUUGUCUGAUUGGGGUUUCCGGGCAGAACAUUGAAAAGAUAAGGAAUUCGUCUGGUGCAGCAAUUAUGAUUCUGGCUCAAAAUCAGUUGCCUUCUUGUGCAUCGGCUCAUGAAUCAGAUCGCUUGGUGCAGGUAUCGGGUAAUGUCCCAGAAGUAUUAAAAGCCUUGGAGAAUAUUGGCUAUACACUAAGAGAAAAUCCACCCAAAAAAGUAAUUGCAAUCAGACCAACAUACAAUAUUAGCUCUGCUAAUCCAAAUCCAUCAUAUCCGGCACUGUCUUCAGCUGAACUUGUGACCUCGGAAAUGAUGAUUUCGGAGUCGUUGGUUGGUGGCUUGAUCGGCAAACAUGGCUCCAACAUCUCAAAGAUCAGAAGUGAGUCUGGGGCAACAAUCAAGGUUACUGGUGGGAAGGGCGAACAAGAACAAAGGCAAAUCCAUUUCGGUGGGAGUUCUCAACAGCAGGUAGCAUUGGCGAAAACUUUGGUUGAGAGAUACAUAUAUUCUCAGAUAAUACAACAGGGUUCUUCUUGACAUUCUUUCUUAUUCGAAAUCUCAAUGACUAUUCCCACUGUUGUUAUUAACUUAUAUCUGCCUCUUGGUCACUAAAAAAAUAUGCGUGAAACAGGCAUGCUGCUAAACUACGUACAUGUAGGUACCUUGAUGUUCACUUGUACGAUCUAGGAAAAGAUAAAAUGAAAUCUCAUCCAUUACAUUGCAA